ACCUACCAAACCGCAUUCACAUAUGGAGUCCCAAAACAACCAAAUCCCCCCAACCCAAAACACUCCUCCUCAUCAACCUUUUCCUCAGUCUCAGUCGUCAGCACCACCACCCAGUUUCACGGCCAAAGUUGUCAGCCAAGUAAAAUCCAAUCUGAUUUUCAAGUCCAAAUGGGCAGAAUUGAAUGGGGCAGUGGGUGAUUUGGGCACAUACAUACCAAUUGUUGUGGCCUUGACACUCUCUAGGGACUUGAAUUUGGGCACAACAUUGAUUUUCACUGGGGUCUACAACAUUAUCACUGGUGCCAUCUAUGGAGUCCCCAUGCCAGUCCAACCCAUGAAGGCAAUUGCAGCCACUGCUCUGGCCAACCCAGAUUUUGGUGUGCCUGAAAUCAUGGCUGCUGGGAUUUUGACCGGAGGCAUCUUACUUGUUCUGGGUGUCACAGGGUUGAUGAAGUUGGUUUACAAGUUUAUCCCUUUAUGUGUUGUUAGGGGGAUUCAGCUAGCACAAGGCUUGUCAUUUGCGUUGACUGCGGUCAAAUACAUUCAGAAAGUUCAAAACUUGCCCAAGUCUAAGGCUUUGGGGCAGAGGCAUUGGUUUGGUUUAGAUGGGUUGGUUCUUGCUAUUGUUUGUACUUGUUUUAUAGUGCUUGUUAGUGGUGCAGGUGAGGAAUAUCAUCAGAGAAGUGAGCGGGAGGCUGAUGCUGAUGUGGGUUCUAAUAAUGCUGUGGAAGGGAGGCCUAGCAGAAAGGCAAGGUGGUGGAAAAUCAUAGCCUCACUUCCUUCAGCUUUUCUGAUUUUUGUGUUAGGUGUGAUUUUGGCCUUUAUAAGAAAACCAAAGAUUGUGCAUGAAAUUAAAUUUGGACCCUCUCCCAUGGAAGUGGUGAAGAUUUCUAGGCAUGCAUGGAAAGAAGGGUUCAUCAAAGGGGCAAUUCCUCAGCUACCUUUGUCUAUAUUGAAUUCAGUGGUAGCUGUGUGCAAACUGUCCAAUGAUCUUUUUCCUGAGAGGGAUUUCUCAGCCACUUCACUUUCAGUGACAGUUGGGUUGAUGAAUGUGGUGGGGAGUUGGUUUGGGGCCAUGCCAAGUUGCCAUGGAGCUGGUGGGCUAGCAGGGCAGUACAAGUUUGGGGGUAGGAGUGGUGGGUGUGUGGCUCUUCUAGGCACAGCCAAAUUGGUGCUGGGUUUGGUCUUAGGGACCUCCUUGGUGACCAUUUUGAACCAGUUUCCUGUUGGGGUCUUGGGGGUUCUGCUUUUGUUUGCUGGGAUUGAACUAGCCAUGUGUGCCAGGGACAUGAACACGAAGGGGGAGUCUUUUGUGAUGCUUAUUUGCACUGCAGUCUCACUAGUGGGAUCAAGUGCAGCACUUGGCUUUGUGGUUGGGAUGGUUGUGUAUUUGCUUCUGUGUAUUAGAAAAUUGGGCAGGGACAAGCCUGCUUCUAUGAUAUGGAUGCAUGGUGGUGUCUAGACUUUUGUAUUUGUUUAAUGAUGUGGCGUAUAUAUGUUGACUUGCUAAAGAGGUACAUUCAUUGUAAGAUGGGUUUUUGUUCUGCCAGUAUGUGUGUGUA